CUGACGGUGGGUGACCUGGUGAUGGUGAACGGUCUGCUGUUCCAGCUCUCCAUCCCCCUGAACUUCCUGGGCUCGGUGUACCGGGAGGUGCGGCAGGCGCUGCUCGACAUGCAGGCCAUGUUUGGCAUCCUCAAGCAGAGUUCGGCUAUAGCCGAACUGCCGAAUGCCUCGCUGCUCCAAGUCUCAACACUCAACUCGAGCAUAGAGUUCCAAGACGUAUCGUUUAGUUACGUUCCCGGCCACAAAAUCCUGGACAACUUAAGUUUCACUGUCGCUCCGGGCAGCAAAGUCGCCGUUGUGGGAGGUUCAGGCUGCGGCAAGUCCACAAUAGUUCGUCUUUUGUACAGAUUUUACGCACCACAGAGCGGCUCUAUCCGCGUGGCGGGUCAGAACAUCAAUGCUGUAACACUCGACAGCCUGAGGAACUCCAUCGCCGUAGUGCCUCAAGACUGCGUCUUAUUCCAUGACACGAUAGAGCACAACCUCAGGUACGGCAGACUUGACGCUACGCCUGAAGAAGUUCACAAGGUUGCCGCCAUGACGGAACUACACAACACGAUCCUUGCGUGGCCCAACCAGUACCAAACUCAGGUUGGAGAACGCGGUCUGAAGUUGUCUGGCGGGGAGAAGCAGCGUGUGGCCAUCGCGCGGACGAUCCUCAAAGACGCGCCCAUCCUCGUGUUCGACGAAGCGACCUCCUCUCUCGACUCCCUCACCGAGCAGAGCAUCAUGACAGCAUUGGCGCGAGCGACAGCUGGCCGCACGUCCGUCUGCAUCGCGCACCGUACAUUCUAG